CGGAGAGUCGUCCGCCAGAUACGAUGGCCGCCGGAACACCCGCUACGCCUCUGCUCGGCGCCGUCCUCUUGGUUGCCGCGACGAUGUUGGGACAGCCGGGCGCCGGCUUUCCUGUGGAGCUGCCGGCCACCAACCGCUCUCUGGAGCUGGGCGAUUGCUCCUGGGUGGAGGAGGGCUCGCGGGGACACCUGGGAACCGUGGUGUCGCGUUGCUCGGUGCCGAACGCGCGCCUCUCCACGCAUGUCACUCUCAGGACCACGCAGGUGGUGUACGCGGGCGAGGCCCCCACGUGCACGAUCAGCUGCGUGCGCGCCCUGGACCAGCUAGCGGAGACGGCGCAGCUGAACGUGACGCUGACAGGCGGCGGGCCCGGGCACACGUUCGUGUCGCUGGAGGUGCGCGCGCCCGUCGGAUACGGCUACUUCUUCACCGUGGACGCCUUCCUCAACUGCACGGGCGGAGUCGUGCCCGCGCUGCGGCAGACCUACCUGCCGGCGCCCUCCGACGUCGACGUCACCGGUGCGGGGGCGUCCGCCCCCUCCUGCUGGCCCUGCGCCGGCGGCUCCUGGUACUGACCACUCACCGUCCGAGCUAGUCCCAGUGAAAUUCGCCCCGCCGUGUGGCAAUGUCGCCGUGUGUAACAAUUCAACUCCUUGGCCAACUACAGCAGUGGCUCGAACUUUGAUAUUUUACACAUUACGGAAUUUUUAUUCAGAGACCUCGUCCUGCUGUCUUUCAAAAGACAGACUUGGUGUUACACUAACGAGGACGGGUCCAGCAAGAGCAUAAUGAAAGUAGUAGGCGUUCGAGAAUAUUUUGUUAUAAUUAUUCAUUGCCAGUUUCAAAUUUACACUUACCAAAGGAGAGUAAUAUAGUUUGGCGAAUAUUAGUAAAUAUACUCGGCAUGUUACUUGCUGAAGAAGAAACAUCUUUUUGUUUGACAGGGCUGUAAACAUGACUAAAUUUUGUACCGUAUGUAUUCGGCGUGGUCGAGGCAUGCCAGUGUCAAAGUAUUUUCUACCCAUGUUACUCAGUAUUACAAUUUUCAGCAUUACCGUCAUCUCUAAUUUCAUUAUCAAUUUAUUGUCAAUCGGGUUCGGCGCUACACGUCAUCUAGAUCUCACAACACAUAAUGACUGAAUUUUCCCGAACGACAUCCAUCAGAAACCCCACGUGAAAAUAAGCGGCGUUCGGGAAAAUUCAUCCACUAUGUAUUUAGAGGGCCUGAUGAUGAAGAAGUGACCGUCGAAACAAGUUGUCAGUAAAUUGAUAAUGAAAUUAUAGCUAACGGUAGCGCUGAAAAUUGUAAUAUUCCUAUCGGCUGUGGUCCUCUCUUCAUAUUUAGCAAGGAUAGAUAUGCGGAAAUUGCUCGAUACUCAGUGUCAUCAAGUAUGAAUGGUUUUUUGAAAUGUGUUGUGGACCCUUCUCUGCCUGAUGUAUGACUGUGGACGCAAAUCAUACUUUGCUUUUUUAACUGGCGCUUCGUUUUCAAAAAUAAAUAAAUCAAUAAAUAUUAUAAAAACGUG